UUCAAGACCGCUGGCGUGCGCGAUGGCCGUCCCGUGCACUUUGAUCACCAGCUGCGCUGCGGGCUUCCCCGGGGAGGAGCUGGUGAAACGUAUCACUGGAGAAGAAGAGCUCCCUGAGCACAUGGCCGCCGAGAGUGGAGCUCGGUUUUACCCCUGGAUGAUAGACAAUAAAUAUUACUCCGCUGCCAUCCAUCUCUGCGUGGUGGCAAACAUGUUUCAGGUGACAGCGGAAAUUGCCGAGUCCAUUCAGGCUUUCCUGAUCUACUUUGACAGCACCGCA